CUAACACUAUUAUGUGAAUGGGAUAAUUGCACUCAUAUAUAUGAUAAUAUCGACGUUUUCAUUGACCAUGUUAAAUUUCAUCUUCAACAUCUUACAUAUGAUCGCUUUGUUUCUGGGUCAUCGCUUUGUCUGUGGCGAGAUUGUGCACACGAAGGAAUAUUUGUCAAUUUUGACGAAUUUAAAAGACACGUUUUUUAUCAUGCCUUCCAUCAAAAAAUAAAAAAUGUGGGCCUUGUUGCUAUAAUGAUGAACAAAUCUCAUUUGAAUAUCAAUAAAUGUGUGUUUGAUAACGAUAAUCGCAAUGUGAUUCCUGAUCUUCCUUUUGAUUUUGUUUGUCAGUGGCAAGGUUGUGGGAAAAAAUUUGAAAUACCCUAUCAUUUCUAUGUUCAUGUGUCAUCGCACAUUACCAAUUACGAAUUGGGCGACGGAAAUAAAAGCAAGUGGAGGUGUCAUUGGGACACUUGUGAGUACUCGGCGUUUAGCAAACACAAGCUUAAAUGCCAUUCAAGGUCACACACUCAGGAAAAAUUAGUGGCUUGUCCUACCUGUGGUGGAGUUUUUUCAAAUGCUACAAAAUUUUUUGAUCAUAUUCUUAGACAGACUACGUUUCAUGCGUUAACAUAUAAAUGCUCAUUUUGUGGUAAGAUGUUUUCAACUGAAAAAUUUCUUAAAGAUCAUAUGAGACAUCAUGGCAAAAAUUUGUACAAGUGUCCAUAUUGUGAUAUGACUUGCCCCAAUCCAAGCUCCCUGCGAACUCAUAUUCAAUACAGACAUACUGAAGAGCGGCCAUACUCUUGUGAACAAUGCCAGUUCAAGGGCAAAGUUUUGGUGGACUUAAAACGUCAUAUGGAAUGUCACACUAAAGCAUGGAUUGAGUGUCAGGAACCUGGAUGUGAUUACAGAACGAAAUUUGUUUGGGAACUGAACCUUCAUAACAAGAACAAACAUCAGGGUGAUGUUGCAAAAUAUUCAUGCCAUUUAUGUAGCCAUAAAUACACUAGAGGCACUUUUCUCACCACACAUCUGAAAAAGAUGCAUAAGUUGAAAGAGCCAUCAGGACAUGUGCGACUCAGGUAUAAACAACAUGAUGAUGGCUAUUAUCGUCUGCAGGAGUUCAGAUAUGAAAGCUCGGAAUUGCGAGAACAAUUAAUA